CAUGACAGAAUACCACGUGAUACUGUAAUCAAAACAGAACAAUUUCUGAAUAACUUGUUGAGAAAGAUGAAGGUGCUAGUCCUGAUCUUGGCAUAUUGUGUGGGGAUAUCAGUGUCCAUCCCCAAUGACUUAGUAUUCCCACCCCUAGAGAACGGCGGGAAGAACUGGGCACUACUGGUGGCAGGUUCCAAUGGCUGGGGAAAUUACAGACAUCAGUCUGAUGUAUGUCAUGCAUAUCAAAUUCUGAAAAAUCAUGGAAUUCCUGAUGAACAAAUUGUUAUCAUGAUGGUAGAUGACAUAGCAGAUAAUAAAGAAAACCCUACUCCUGGUAAGAUCAUCAACAGACCCGAUGGAGAUGAUGUCUACCAUGGAGUCCCCAAAGACUACACUGGGUUGGAGGAAGUAGUUCCAGAUGUGUUCUUUAAGGUUCUGCAAGGACAGAAGGAUGAACUCCUAGCUAUGGGUAUUGGUUCCGGAAAAGUUAUUGAUAGUGGACCCAAAGACAAUGUCUUUGUCAACUUUGUAGACCACGGUGGGCCUGGUAUUAUUGCAUUUGGAAGAAAAUUUCUUCAUGCCAUGGAUCUUAUAGAAGCCCUAGAUAACAUGCAUAAAGAGAAAAAGUUUGCCAAGCUGCUGUUUUAUCUGGAAGCCUGUGAAUCUGGGUCUAUGUUCCAGUAUCUACUGCCUAAAAAUAAAAACAUCCUGGCUGUGACAGCCUCUAAUGCCACCACUUCAUCCUAUGCCUGUUACUUUGAUAAGAUAAGGAAGACCUUUUUGGGGGAUGUUUUUAGUGUUAAGUGGAUGGAAGACUCUGAUAAGGAAAAUCUAAACACAGAGACAAUUGAAAAGCAGUUCAAGAUUGUCAAGAAGGAAACUAACACUAGUACAGUCUGUCAAUAUGGAGACCUGAAAAUGGACUCUUUGAUGGUGGCAGAAUUUCAGGGAUCAGGCCAGUCCAGUCAAGUAGUUUCACCAAUUCCUGACCCAAAUGUUGGAGCAGUGCCUUCAGAAGAUGUUGAUCUGCAUAUCAAUAUGAACUUGUUCAAAUUGGCAACAACAGCUGAAGAGAGAAAAUACUACUCUGAAAAAAUAGCACAAGAAUCCAUAAGACGAGAAAAAGUUGCACCCCUUAUACAGAAGAUUGUUUCCAUAGCAACAAACAAUAACAACAAACAGGUGGAGAGGAUCAUGAAGUCACGGAUGGGUUUGUUUAGGAAUGAGUGUUAUAAGGCAGUAGUGGAACAUCUGGCUGACACCUGUCCUCAACUUGAACUCAGAGAGCAAUUUGGAUAUGCUUUCAAACACCUGUAUGCCUUUGUUAACCUGUGUGAGGAGAGUGUGCCAACAGACACCAUUCUAGAAGCCAUUACCAAAGGAUGCAGUUUAGGUGAAUGUGUUUACAAGAGAUGGUUAUCCAAUACAAACUUUGGGAACCCCGCUAACUGGAACGCUGGUCGUCCUCCCUGUGGUAACGAUGUGGCGGUCAUACAGGAGGAGAGCGCCGCAGUGUUCCUACAAGUGAACACCACAGUCAAACAACUGGUGAUGCCUAUGGACGGCGAGGUAGUGUUUGGAUCAAAUGCUGUUCUAGGAUUUACUGAACAACCAGAUCACAGCGCCAGUUGUACGCCCUACACUUCGGAUGUUGAGUUCAAUGUUACCUACCCCAGAGACUGGUUAGAUUCUAAUAAUUGGUGUGAAACAGAUUCGGAAACGGGAAACUGUAUAACAACCCCUCGACUGGAUUCUGAAAAAGUGCCAUGUAUGAAUGACGAUGUUGUUUUUCCGUCUGGUAAUUCUUUCUACGUCAAUGUGGAGACGGGACUUAAUAUCAAAAUUAACACUCUGAAAAUCACAGGAAAGGCAUACACGUCAACGACUUUUCAAUCUUUUUUGUCUACUAACCAAGGAAAAGGAAUGUUCCCACCACCCCCAAACAACGGCCAGCGAUCAACCGUCACAAUUCAGAGACGCCCAUGUACUGAUCCCACGGGGUGCCUCUGCGGGAACAAUCAAAAAGAGAUGCUGAAUCGGAUUUGUGCAAUACAACAAAAGAGAUGCUCCAAAGCUCAAUGCCGAACACCAUUAAGGCCACUAGGAAAUUGUUGCGACAUGUGUGGUGGAGUUGUAGUCAUGAAAUAUGGUACUGGCUUCCGGUUCACUACCCUGGUAAAUGGUCUUCAUAGAAACGUUAUCGACAGAAAGCCCGAAUAUACAGACAUUAAAAUUAUCACCUCCAAAGUUUACGAAGGUGGCGUUCAGAUGGUUCUGAUGGAUAAUGACGGGGUGAAGGCAUCUCAGCUAGCACAAGAAAUCAACACAGAGAUACAGAAUGAUAUAAAUGCUGGAGGUUUUAAAUACAGCAUAAUGAGCGUGAUAACAGAUACUUCAACUGGCGGUGGUACCCCUGGGCCAGCUACCGGAGCUCAGAAAUCCGAACCGAUGCCAAAGGGAGAAAUAGCCGGGCUUGUAGUGGGCGGGGCGGUGAUAUUGGCGGUUGUUGCUCUUGCAGUCAUCUUUAUUUAUAGAAGGAAAAAGAGUACCCCUGAUGAUCUAGGAUUUAAAGUGUUCGACAAAAUCAGUUUUAAAAAACCUAAUUUUCGAAAGCCUCGUGUUGAGGUUCCACCUUCCUUUGGCUUCCGGUUUGGUGGACCGGAAAACGUGGGACCAUCUCAGGGCUUUGACAACCCAAUGUAUGGAAAUAAUCCGCUUGAGAAUGAGAAGCCGAUAGAUAUGGAAAUGAUGCCGAGUUCUAUAGCUCUGGAACAGGAGGAACAACCCACAUUUGAUUCAUCCCGGGGAUUUGACAACCCUCUAUAUGACACUGGGCCUCUUAAUGAGUCAAUGUUUACGGACCCAUCUGUGGUGGAAAAAAGCACAUCAAACAUGGAAUCGACACCCACAAGCUUCGUCAAUCCUAUUGCCAUGAUGGAGGAAAAAUCAGAGAAAUAAUGCAAA